CUCAGUUUCCCCUUCGGUCAGACCAAGCAGUCUUCCCUUCCUCCUCCUCUGCCCCUGCCCCACUGUGGGCGUCAGUUAUUGGGGGAAGGGGGAGCUCUCAGCCCAACCGCCCCCCCAGAGGCUGAUCUGAAGCCCCCCAUACAAGAACCUGGCGGGGCAGGGAGGGUCGGUGGGACUGCAGAACAAGGGCGUGGGGUGGGAUGGUGUUAGCUGUGUGUGCGCGUGUAGGGACACGGUUAAAUCAGCCUGUGGGGGUGCAGGGGCACCGGGGACCAGAGCCUCCCCGGGGGCUGCCGGAGAAGGGUGGAGAUGAACAUGGGGGGCGUUAGAGGAAGGAGAGCCGCCCCCCCCACACACACACGUGCAGGGUAGAGGAUGGAGCUCCUGGAUGGGGAAGAGGCCAUCGGGGUUAAGUGACUUGCCCAAGGUCACACAGCCAGGAAGUUUUAAGUGUCUGAGACCAGUUUGAACUCAGGUCCUCCCGACUUCAGGGCUGGGGCUCUACCCACCGCGCCCCCUAGCUGCCUUUUUUUGGGGGGGUGGGGCCCUUUUGAGGGUGAGGGUUCUAGGGUUUGGGAAGGGGAGACACUGAGCGGGUGGGCCCAGAGAUGUAGACGGCGAUGAGAAGUGAUUCUGAGGGGCAGAGGGAAAGGGAGAGCCAGAAGGGAAGGUCAGGACACAGAGAGGGCAAGGGGAGAGGACGGCUGAGGUUUGCGUCCGCAGCCGCACCUCCCGGCCUCUGCCUGUGAACCUCCUCCAGGGACACCAUGGAUCCCUGCCCGCCUCGGGCACCGGCCUCCCCCGAGGGGCGCCCGGGCUCCCCCGAAUCCCUGGCCCCCCAGCCUCCCCCAAAGCUAGGCCGCCACUUGCUGAUUGACGGGAACGGUGUCCCCUAUAUGUAUACGGUUCGUCUGGAUGAGGAGCGGCCACGCAGGGAGCUGGAGGCCCCCCAGGGGGAGGCCGCGGGGGGCAGGGGCACCCCAGCCCAGGGUUACAGCUGCCCAGAAUGCUUCCAGGUCUUUAAGAGCCCCCUUUACUUGAAGCGCCAUGGGAUCUCGCACUCGGACCUCCGGCCCUAUGUCUGUGGCGUCUGCGCCAAGACCUUCAAGAGGUCCAGCAGCCUGUGCCAGCACCGCCUCACCCACCGUGCCAGGGGCGGCCGUGCCCACGCCUGCCCCCUCUGCCCACGCCGCUUUCUGGACGCCGGAGAGCUGGCUCAGCACAUCCGCGGACACUGAAGCAGAGGCCCCAUCCCCUCCGGCCCACGGAGACGGACAGAGGGGGCUCCUGGGCGGCCUCCGGCCCCGCCUCCGAGCCUCCACCCGGCUGGGCCUCGGCCUGAGACUCUGGACAAAUCAGUGUCUGCCUGGGGGCCGCAGUUCUGGGGGUGCCUGACUCCAGACCUCCGCUGGCCCCAGGACCAUGAAGGGCAAGUGACAGACAGAGGUACCUUGGAAGGACAGACUGAGGGGAUGGAGCUCCUUGUUUCCAGGCCUCGUGCCCCCGGGUCCCCGCUGCGCCUGCGCAGUGCAGGGGCUGAAUAAAGACUUGUUGAAUUGA